GUGCACCUAGCCUGGCACAAGCGUUGUGGUCACGUCACCGCCACUUAGUGGCGAGUGGCGGCGGUUGUUGUUGCUGUCCAUGAGGAUGGUGGUGGUGGUGCUGGCGGUCAGUGGCGGCCCCAUGCCCGCAGAGCCGCCGCCUCCGGGAUUGUCCACUGAUGGUGGACGAGCGCAGCAUGGAUGGAGGCGAGAUGGACGACACGGAGGGGUGGAGGCUGGCCGUGGGAGGGCGAGUGGAGGGGGGUGACACUGUGGUGUCCACUACGGGACACGGGGACGCAAAGGGAGCGCGUGGCGAGCUGCAUGGUGGGGCUAGAUAAGAACAAUAAUGGAGCUCCACGACUUGCGCCGGAAUCGGGGGAAAACUUGAGCCUCACAUGGCGGUGGAAUGUAUGCGAGGGUGCUGGCCUUGACAACAUGGGGAACACCUGUUUCCUUAAUGCCACCCUGCAGUGCCUUACUUACACAGCACCCCUGGCAAAAUACCUGAUCUCCAGACACCAUUCAGGAAGAAGUACAGAGAAUGGAUUUUGUAUAAUGUGCAUACUGGAGAGGCACACCAUUGCAACAUUCAGCUCCAAGGGCAAGGUCAUCAAGCCCUUGGAAAUCGUCCAAAACCUCAAACGGAUCGCCAAACACCUGCAGUUUGGCAAACAGGAGGACGUGCAUGAGUUCUUCUGCUACAUCGUAGAAGCUCUCCACCUCUCCUGCCCAAUCAACCACCACAAGUGCAGGCCAGAAGAACAUGUGGAGAAGACCUCGGUGGUUCACCACAUCUUCACAGGGCAGCUGAGAUCGACAGUUGGAGUGCACGCAGUGUUCCUGCACCUCGGACAGAUUCGAAAACUGCCUGGACAUCAGUCUUCACAUCAACACCUGCUGGCUGCUUUUUCAGAUUUCACCAAGGCAGAGACACUGGAUGAAUACACUUGCCAAAGGUGCUGUUGCAAGGUGAAGGCCACGAAGAGGAUGAGCCUUCACCAUCUCCCAAAUGUCUUGGCCCUAUCCAUCAAGCGAUUUGAUCUGUUUGGAAACAAGAUCAAUCGGGAUUGCCCGUACCUACAGCACCUGGACGUGCGGCCAUUGAUGUCGCAGCAGGAAGACGCAGACCCUAUGGUGUACAGGUUAUACUCGGUCCUUGUGCACUCUGGGAAAUGCAGCACAGAGGGACAUUACUACUGUUACAACAAGAUCCGCGAUGGGAGAUGGUUCCGGAUGGACGACGACUUGGUGACGCCGGUCAACACCACGGUGGUCAUGGAGAAACAGGCAUACAUCCUCUUCUACGUCAGGUCCCCAGAGAUGAAGGCCAUACCCGUGUGCAGUCAAAUCAACGACGGCCAUGGGAAAUGGCAUCAAAAGAGGCGGCAGCGACGAUCCCUGACCCCGGCGAUCAACCGUCAUCACUGAUGGAUGAUACCACAAGGGCCGUGGUCAAGCUAAUCAUCGGCACGCGCCGCUGCCCCCUGCCACCGCCGCUGCCACCACUGCAAGGGCAAUGCUCACCGGGUCCUGAUGAAUACCGCUGACACAACACAGCCCAGCAGCACCAGCACCACACCCACAGAGAAGAUUAUUACCAUUGUAAAUGUGUACAUUGUAUAGUUUUGUGAAUACAAGAAUACGUACUUUAAAAAAAAAAGUUUGAAUCAAUUUAUUAUUCUUGGGUAUGAUUCUGUAUGUAGUUGGUAAGGCCAUGUCCAGAUCUAAUAGCCAAGGGACAUCCAAACAGCAACGUGAACCUAUGAAAUGGCUACUGCAUUAUUUCUGUGUUUAAAAAAGUCGUGAAUUUUGAUGGCUGUUUUGCCAUGCAGUUCAGAAGUUCAAUACCCACUUAAUCCACGAGAUGGCAUCACUUCAGUGGUUGCAAUAUGGGGGCAAAAACAAUGAAUUGUUUGAGAAACAUGUGAAAUAAGUGGUGUUGUAUGUAUGUUGAAUUUCUUUAGCAUCGUAUGUAGCCUAGUCGGGUGAUCGGAGGUGCGGGUUAUCAAGUAACACACUCAUUAGGCGUAUUUAUCCGAUGGUGCGACUAAACAUACUACCUUACGUUGUACUGUUAG